AAAUCACCUCAAAAACACAUUCUCUCAUGUUUUAAUGUCGGGAUAUAAUUCACUUAACUCCAAUAUACUUUUACACUUAGCUGUUUUUUAGAUUCCCAAGAACUCACGAAUUCCACUUUAAACUAAUCAACCCACUAAUUAAUUAUUUUUACUCACUAAUCCAAUCAUUUUAAUCUCAUCUUUUUUCCCUCUCAUAUAGAAUAGAACCUGCCACUUUCUUCCAUCUCUGAUCACAACUUCCAAAAACACCUUCAUUUUAUCCAUCCACCCACAAAAAAUAGGGAAAAACACACAAAGUAGAUGUCUUCUUAACAAGCAAAAAUAAGGGAAAGAAAGAUUGAGUGGAAAAAAAAAUGAAGAACAACAUGCAAGUUUUGAUCUUUUUAUGUUGUUGUUGUUUUGGUGUUUCUGUUGUUUUAGCAAUUUCAACAACACCUAAUAAUGAGUUGUCAACUUUGUUGUCAAUCAAAAACUCCUUCAUUGAUCCCUUAAACCAACUCAAAGAUUGGAGCAACAACACAAAAAACCCUGUUUCACAUUGUGAAUGGAAGGGUGUUUGGUGCAACUCUCAAGGUUUUGUUGAGAAACUUGAUCUUUCCAACAUGAAUUUAAGUGGGGAAAUCCCAGAUACAAUACAAGAUUUUAGAAACUUAACCACACUUAAUCUUUGUUGCAAUGUAUUUACAUCAUCAUUGCCUAAAUCUUUCUCUAAACUUACCUCAUUAGUAAGCCUUGAUCUUAGUCAAAAUGACUUCAUUGGUAAAUUUCCUACUGGUUUAAGUGAAGCCAAAGGACUUGUUUCCCUUAAUGCAUCUAGCAACAACUUUGUGGGUAACUUACCUGAGGAUCUUGGCUUCUGUUACGCCCUCGAAAUGCUAGAUUUUCGAGGAAGUUUCUUUGAAGGAUUGAUUCCUAAGUCCUUUCAAAGCCUUCAAAAAUUGAAGUUUUUAGGCUUGUCAGGAAAUAAUCUUACAGGUGAACUUCCACCUGAACUUGGUAAUCUGUCUUCUUUAGAGACUAUGAUUCUUGGUUAUAAUGAGUUUCAUGGGUCUAUACCUUCAGAAUUUGGGAACUUGAGUAACCUUCAGUACUUGGACUUAGCUGUUGGAAGCUUAAGUGGGAAAAUUCCUGCACAACUUGGGAAGUUACAGAAGCUUAACACAGUUUAUCUGUACAAGAAUGAAUUUGAAGGGGAAAUACCUUGGGAAUUGGGAAAUAUUUCGUCGUUGCAGUAUUUGGAUCUUUCAGAUAAUCAAAUUUCAGGAAAAAUUCCAAAGAGUUUGGGGAAUUUGAAGAAUCUGCAGCUUCUGAAUUUGAUGUGCAAUGAUCUGAGAGGUGAAGUACCAAGUGAGAUUGGUGAGUUAACCAACUUACAAGUUCUUGCACUGUGGAAAAAUUCUCUGACAGGUUCUUUGCCUGUGAAUUUAGGAAAAAAUUCUCCUUUACAAUGGCUUGAUGUUUCAUCCAAUACUUUAUCAGGUGAAAUUCCUGCAAGUUUAUGUGAUUCUAUGAAUCUUACCAAACUUAUACUCUUCAACAAUUCUUUCUCUGGUCCCAUACCUUUAAGCCUCUCAAAAUGUGUUUCCUUAGUCAGAGUUAGAAUACAGAACAACCUGUUUUCUGGGAGUAUUCCUGCUGGUUUAGGUACCUUACCUAAACUUGAGAGGUUAGAAUUAGGUAAAAAUAAUCUGACCGGAGCAAUCCCGGAUGAUCUUUCACUCUCUUCCUCACUUUCAUUCAUCGAUGUUUCAUACAAUAAUCUUGAUUCAUCACUCCCUUCUGGGAUUCUUUCCAUGCCAAACUUACAGAAUUUCAUGGCUUCUAAAAACAACUUAGAUGGCCAUAUUCCUAACCAAUUACAAGAUUGCCCUUCUCUCAAUGUCCUUGAUCUUUCUUACAACCAUAUUUCUGGUGAGAUCCCAAAGAGUAUCGCGUCAUGCCAAAAACUAGUCAUGUUGAACCUUAAGGAAAACCAACUCUCAGGUGAAAUUCCUCCCUCAGUUGCAAAAAUGCCCACCUUAUCAAAACUUGACCUUUCCAACAACUCUUUAACCGGUCAAAUACCAGAAAACUUUGGAAGCUCACCUGCUUUAGAAACGUUCAAUUUGUCCUACAAUAAGCUUGAAGGUCCUGUGCCCAUAAAUGGCAUGUUUGCUACUAUUAACCCGGAUGAACUCACAGGCAAUCCUGGACUUUGUGGAGGCAUACUUCCACCAUGUUCUGGCAGCAGAAAUGGAAGAUACUCAGCUCAUUCAACUAUACACAAGCACAUUAAUCGUAUAAUAAUCGGCUUUGUGUGUGGAUUAUCAGCUAUUCUAGGUAUCGGGCUAGCUUUUUUUGCAGGAAGAAUGGUGUAUAGAAGAUGGUACUUGUAUAGUAGUAGAGUAGAAGAAUGGUUCACUAGAAACAACAAAGAAUGGCCUUGGAGACUUGUAGCAUUCCAAAGGCUGAAUUUCACUUCCCCUGAAAUCUUAGAAUGCUUGAAAGAAUCAAAUGUGAUCGGAAUGGGUGGGACCGGGAUAGUUUACAAGGCUGAAAUCCAACGACCACACUCGAUUAUAGCAGUGAAGAAGCUAUGGAGAUCAACGGGUGAUGUCGAAGCAGGGGAGAGCUUAUUAGCUGAGGUUGAACUUCUAGGAAGGUUAAGGCAUAGGAAUAUAGUAAGGUUGAUAGGAUACUUGCAUAAUGAAAAUGAUGUGAUGAUGGUUUCUGAGUAUAUGCCUAAUGGAAAUCUAGGAACAGCAUUGCAUGGUAGUAAACAAUGUCGGAAGAACAAUAUGUUAGUGGAUUGGGUGUCUAGGUAUAACAUAGCAUUAGGUGUAGCUCACGGCUUAUCCUACCUUCACCAUGAUUGUCAUCCUUCAGUGAUUCAUCGCGAUGUGAAGUCUAACAACAUUUUGCUGGAUGAAAAUUUUGAGGCUCGAAUUGCUGAUUUUGGGUUGGCAAAGAUGAUGCUUCAUAAGAAUGAGACAAUCUCCAUGGUUGCAGGAUCUUAUGGAUACAUAGCACCUGAAUAUGGUUACAGCUUAAAGGUGGAUGAGAAAAGCGACAUCUACAGCUAUGGAGUUGUACUCCUAGAGCUCUUGACUGGGAAGAAGCCUUUAGACCCUUCUUAUGGAGACUCAACUGACUUAGUUGAGUGGGUGAGAGUAAAGAUUAAGAAUAAAGGAGGAUUAGAAGAAGUACUUGAUCCUGAAGUUGCAGGUCAAUGCAAGUACAUUCAGGAAGAGAUGCUACUUGUUCUGAGAAUUGCUCUUCUUUGCACUGCUAAAUUGCCUAAAGAGCGGCCUUCCAUGAGAGACAUCAUAUCGAUGCUGAAAGAAGCGAAGCCUCGAAGAAAAAGCAUCUGCAACAAUAAUGGAUAUAACCCAAACAUGGAGAAACCAGUCUUUAGCACAUCCCCAGUUCCAGGCCUCUUGUAGAAAAACCCAGCAUUUUACUUGUAAUUUUUCCUUCUCUCUUUCUUUUUUUCUUUUUAAUUAUCUGGGUGUAGAUACCUACUUUUUUUCUUCUGCUUCAAUUCAUUUUUUUCUUUAAUUAAAACUUUUGAGUACAGAUACAUAGUUCAAAUAUGACUAGGGCUGGAGUUUGUAGUCUUUUUACAAGGUUAAAUUUAUGUACAUUGAUAUCUAAUUUAUCAAAUAUGACUCCAAUUUGAAUCCA